GCCUCGACAUGAAGCGUGAAGACGGAAUCACACCGACCCGCGAAAACUGCGAAUACAGCAGCUGCUACUGUGAAGAGAAUGUUUGGAAACUUUGCGAGUUUGUGAAGAAGGAGAGAACCGCACCUCUGGAACAUCUGUCUGUGGUUUUCAUCUCAAAUGAGAACCGAAUGGUUCCUCUGUGGAAACAGAAGUCUGGACGUGGAGACCAGCCGGUGAUCUGGGACUAUCAUGUGAUCCUGAUGGUCAGAGGUCAGAGGUCGGACGCUGUAGUUUAUGAUUUGGACUCUGAGCUGUCGUUUCCCUGCAGCUUGAAACUGUACGGCGCCAAGGGCCUUCGCUCGGACCGCAGCCUCAGACCCGAGUACCACAGGAAGUUGCGUGUCGUGCCUGCUGACAGCUUCCUGUUGAACUUUGCGUCUGAUCGAUCUCACAUGAAGGCGUCCGACGGGUCCUGGAAGAUGCCGCCCCCCCCGUACCCCCCCAUCCACACAGCAGAGAGUCACAUGAACCUGGAUGACUUCAUCAGCAUGGACCCAGCGGUCGGCGUGGGGGCGGUCCUUAGCCUGGAUCACUUCCUGCGGAGCUACGCAGGAAACUCUUCAUCAGCAUCAUCAUCAUCUUCGUAGCUGUCGCUGAAGACCUUUGUGAUUUUGGAUUUUUAAGAGUCUGACACGUGGACACUUUUAACUACAACUCCCAUGGUGCAUUUCUGCUGAGCAUCUUUAUCUUAUAGAUAAAGAUUGAUGGCAUGAGGUCAAAUCAUAUCAGUAGCCCCCUGGCUGCUGCAUAGCACUGGUCACAACCCCCCCCCCUCAUCCAUGUAAACAGAGGGGACAUGGACUAAACUAAACAUCUGAAAAAGUGGACAUUUAAUAAAUGUUUGUUAAAAAAGCUUUCUGUCCUUUCAGGUCGUUCUUAUCACUCGAUGUUUGAUCAACUGAUCAGUUUGGUUUGAAUCAGUUAUUUGAUGAUAUUAAAAACAGGCGGAGUCAGCAGGAUCGACACGCCUCCACGCCACGCUCACUUCUGCUCAGACUGUUAAUGUCAUCAGAACAAGAUAUCAUUGUGUUCAUCAGAUGUUAGUGUAGUGUUGCCAGAUGAGCCUAACCACACCCACAACAUGGAAUCAACAUGUAAUCAAUAAGUCCUGAUCUCAGACUGAACGACCUCGUCUGGAAUAAUAACAACCACAUGUGUGCAGGCUCGACAGUGGGCGGCGUCUGACCUUCUCCCUGGGAACAUUUGUUAAUGC